UGGCUACUAAUAAACAAGAUUUAUUUCUCAUUUUAGUGUUGUUUCACGAGUCGAAUCGAAAGCAGAUCCAUUCUUUUUGGGUUAUACUUCAAAGGAGUUACCUUUGCACACAGACUACACGUAUGGAGCCAACAUUCCAGGGAUUGUUUUUCUGCAUGGAAUAAAAUGUGCGCCCUCGGGUGGUAAAAGCUGGUUGGUUGAUGGGUUUAAAUUGGCAAAAGAUCUCAAGAAGAAUGAUCCAACUGCAUUCAAGUUGUUAUCUACUGGUAUACUGAACUACGAAAUGAAUGGAUUUGAUAUUGGGCCACAAUUUGAUCACAGGUGUAAUACACAGGUUAUAAGAGUCAAUUGGCGCGGUGAUGUUGACAAGAUUGCAUACAAUGAAUAUGCACGGACAGAGUAUUUGACUAACAUCUCUGUUGAUGACAUGCCAGCGUAUUACGAAGCAUUGACUAAAUUUAUCUCCAUGGCCUACUCCCAAGAAUACCUUCUAGAAGCUAUGAUUGAGGAAGGUGACAUUGUAGCGAUCGACAACCUUCGUCUGCUUCACGGACGUGACAAAUUUGAAAUCUCAGAUGGUAAAGGGCGUAUUGUUGAAAGUAUUUGUAUAGAUAUGGAUGACUUUAACUCACGUUUGCGUGUUCUGAGCCAGAGUUUCUAAAAUAUAUAACACAUAUAUGUAUAUAAUACAGUGUGAAGAAGAAAAUAUUAGCUUGAUUUGAAUAGUAUUUACUAUGGAUUACCACCUGCGACCUACAAGCUUUACCAGCUUAACCACAGCUCCACUUAUAUGUGAGCGUUUCAGUCAGUGACUCCAAUAAGAUUGACGCCCGGAAGACCUCAUCUUUAUUUUCUCAAUAAGUUUAUUUUAUAAACAAUUUUCCUAUGCAGCAACUCUGAUUUUCCUGAAUGGCAAUUUAGGUGGUUAAUGUUGUAUAACUUGAUGAUAAUAUGUAUUAUACUCAGGGUUGGAGCACCACGAUGUUUAAACGAUUGAGAAAUUUAGUUUGCAAAAUGUUUUAAACUUCUCAAUAUUUGGACACAAUAUUUAGGAUUGUAUCCUAAUAAUUAAGUUAAAAGAAUCGGUAUUUGUCUUGCAGAUGUUGAAGACAUGCAAAAGAUUGGCAUGUUUUCCAUUUCAUGGCGGCAUAUUGAAUACUUUGCGAUUAAAAUUAUUCUGUUAAAAUA